AUGCCCACAGCCGAGAAAACCGUAAUUGCAGGCUUAGGCAAUGCGACGCACCCGCGCACAUUCCACUCAGUGGGCCAGCUCGUCCUUAAGCACUUAGCCCAGCGGCGACAUCUGCAGUGGAACAGCAACACCAAGCACGGAGUCAGCUACACGCAUAUAAACAGCCACACAGACCUCAUAUACAGCCACCAGCUGAUGAACGUCUGUGGAAAAAGCCUGGCACGCUACUGCGAGCAUGUCAACGCACGCCGUGUACUCGUCUUGCAUGAUGACCUGCAGCGGGAAUGGGGGAAGCUCUCCAUCAAACAUGGCGGAUCGGCCAACGGUCAUAACGGCAUCAAAUCACUCUCACAGUAUCUCAAACAAUCCCUCGACUUUGAUAGACUACGAAUUGGUAUUGGUAGACCAGGUGAUAAGCGCGAUGUUGCUAGAUAUGUCCUUUCUAAUCUCUCACCGGAGCAAUUGCAUGAUAUCACAGAUGGUCUUCUCUAUACGCAUAUUGAGAGGGUUUUGGAGGGAUAUAUGGAGUAA